AUGAAGAAAAGGAAGGAAAAUUUAAAGAUAAUAGACGAGGAUGAUUAUCUAGGCUCAGUCCCAGUGGAGGAUGAACAUAUUAAGGAAUUGGACGGUUACGAAGACUCAGAAGAUGAUCUUCCAGUGGUAGUAAACGAAGAGGAAUUCUUAAAGGAGUUAAAAUCAAAUAUAAGGGCAGAAUCUCGAUCAAACUCACCGUCGCCUCCAAGAACAACAGUAGAUUAUCAAAGCGAUGACGAGGUAGUAUACCGUGAUAAGUCAGGAAAAAGAAUCACCAGAGACCAGUGGCUACUGCUGAACCAAAAGGAUAAAAGGAAGAAAAAUGAAAGAGUAAAACAGGAGCUGGUUUGGGGAAAAGGACUGGUACAAAAGGACGAGGAGAAGGAGAGAAUAGAGCACGAAGAGAGAGUAAAAAAGCAAUCGUUUCAAAAUCACGACAUCGACGAAUAUUACGAUAAAGAGCUGAAGGACAGGAGGAGAUGGGAAGACCCAAUUAACAAGGAGACUGAAAGGACGAGAGACUAUGUGCCGAAGUGUAGAUUCCCUGGUGUCCCGAAUAGAUUUAACAUAGAACCAGGGUAUAGAUGGGACGGAGUGAUUAGAGGAAACGGUUACGAGCAGAGGUGGUUCCAGGCGAGAGCAGACAGAGCUGCCAAGGAGAAGGAAUAUUACUUACAAAACAUAGCAGACCUGUAA